GAGAGAGAGAGAGAGAGAAUAAGUUACAGUUAUUGCACUACUAGUAGUCAUCAUAGUCUUGGCUUCUUAUAUAGCGAGCAAUUGGUCAUCGAGGAGAAACGAGAGAAAAGGGAGAAAGAAAAAAGAAGGAGGUGCACACUGUUCGUGUUCGUAUAGCAGCUCCCUGCUGAUUCGAACCGUGCCAGUCGUUCUGUCAGUGCCGGACGGGCAGGAAGCAACCUCAGUCUCUCCCGCGUUCUUAUUCUCUUUCUCUCUUUUUUUUUCCCCCCUCUCUCGUUUGUUUGAAAAAUUGCAGUUAUCGCAUAGAGUUGAUCAAGCAUUUUCUCCGCCGGGGAAAAUAAGAAUUUUCUCCACUAAUCUACGCAUAACACAAUCAACAUAAAAGUGCUGCGAAAACAGUUGUUUUUAACUCCACCGCUUCAAAAAUGAUGGAAGGAGAUUUGAAACUGGCUCAGGUCUUGGCACGCAUGAGCACCAAUAAUUCGAGGAGUAACAGUCCGGCUCGAACGGGCAGCCCAAAUCCGGGUGCAGAUGGAGGUGGGACGGCCAGUGACGACGCCAUGAAAACGCAUGCGUCCAUGGUGCUGGAAAAGAUUCAAGGCUUCAGGAGGACGAGAUCGCUGAACGCACCUAGCCCCAUCCAGCAGUUUGGACCCUGCGGCAGGAUUAUGAAGAAUUCCGCCAUGGUCAUGACGAUUCAAGAUCCAGCGAGUCAGCGUUUAACUUGGUACAAACCUCCAUUGACGGUGCUCGUCAUUAAAAAAAUUCGCGACGACAGUGUUUUGUCGCCAUUCGUGCAACUAGUCAAAUGGCUUAUUACGGAAAAACGUAUGGUGGUGUUUGUGGAGCAUUCAGUGCUAGACGACCCGCUACUCAGCAAUCAACCGGGUUUCAAUAUGACGCGUGACAAGCUGAUGCCGUUCCGCGAGGGCAAAGAUGAUCUCACCGACAAAAUCGAUUUUAUCGUCUGCCUCGGAGGUGAUGGCACUCUCCUCUAUGCUAGCUCUCUAUUUCAGCAAUCUGUGCCUCCGGUGAUGGCCUUCCACCUCGGCAGUUUGGGUUUCCUGACGCCCUUCGAAUUCGUCAAUUUCGAGGAACAAAUGAUUAACGUACUAGAAGGUAAUGCGGCGUUGACGCUGCGAAGCCGAUUGCGUUGCAUCAUUCUGCGCAAAGAUGAAGCGACGGGCAAACCCACUAAAGCACCCACGAGUCUACUCGUUUUGAACGAAGUGGUCAUUGACCGCGGUCCAUCUCCUUACUUAUCCAACAUUGACCUCUACCUCGACGGGAAACACAUCACCUCCGUCCAGGGAGAUGGUUUGAUUGUGUCGACACCUACGGGCUCGACUGCCUACGCCGUGGCGGCCGGUGCCUCCAUGAUCCACCCGAGUGUACCCGCUAUUAUGGUGACACCGAUUUGCCCGCAUUCGCUCUCAUUCCGACCCAUCGUUGUUCCCGCCGGUGUUGAACUCAAGAUAUCGGUAUCUCCGGAGAGUCGCAACACGGCCUGGGUCUCCUUCGACGGACGCAGUCGUCAAGAGCUCAAACACGGUGAUAGCUUGAGGGUCACCACAUCCAUUUACCCAGUGCCAUCCAUUUGCGCCCAGGACCAAAUUACUGACUGGUUUGAUUCACUGGCCGAAUGCCUGCACUGGAACGUUCGCAAGAAGCAAAGACACCUUGAUGAACUCUCUGAUCUGACGCGUUCCCAUUCGUCAUCCAACGAUACGCUUGACUCGCUCGAUCGGCCAGACACGCUCGACAGUUAGGAUGGUAGCGCAUUUAAAUUACAUCGCAAACAGCAACACAUGAAAAGUGAGCAGCAAUCACGUAAAAAUAAAAAAUGCAACUGCGCUUUUCACUCCCCCAGAAAUGGAAGUACAGCAAGAGAUUUUUUCACAGACAAAAAACAAAAUUGAAUUUCGAAAGGAGAUCAUUUUUGGGGGCAAUAUUUUUUUGAUCCUGUGCGCUUAAAAAAAAUCAAGUCUGAUGAAGAAUUGAUUAUUUUUCCCUCAUCGACUAUGCCACUGAUGUAACAUGUAUUUUUUUUUUUCAUUUCAUUUUAUAUAGAUUUAUAUUUUCUUUGAAUUUUUCACACAAGUGUCGCAACUCAACGAAACCACCCUUUAAAAAAAAAGCCAACAGCAACUUUGAAAAAAAACCAAGGGGAAAAUGUUUUUGUAAGGGACCAUUUAUAUUCCCUCGCCCAAUUCUUUCGCCCUUAUUUUAUUAUUAUUUUUUUUUUAACAAACUAGGAGAAAAGAGGCUCUUUGUGCGUUUAUUUUUUCUUUCUUUCUGGUCUUGAAAUUUAAAAAAAAAUCGCUGGAUUUAGUUAUGUUGUUUUGUGUACAGGUGAAUCGAUAUACGUCAAACCUUGCCUUAUAAGGAAAAAACAAUUAACACCACACGCUGCAAACUAAAAUUAAAAAAAAAAAGGGUGGAGGAAAGUUUAAUUUUUAAUUUUGCUUGUCACGAACAGGUGACAUUGCCCCAAAUUACGGUUAGAUAAGGGAAGCCGUACUUUAUUGUCUUAGUUGUCAAUUGUUUUUUUUUUCCCACUUCCAAAAUGAUUAUAGAAAUUUUUCGCCCUCCCAAUAGCCCCAAGUUUUUCAUGCUCUAUAUUUUUCAAAGUUUAUUUUGGAUGAACGUGUGUGAAUCUUGUUGGUCUUUCUCAUAUUUUAGAUAUAGAAGAUUUGAAGUUUAAUAAAAAUACACCUACAACAGUGUUGCUCUCAUA